AUGGGUCAAGGCUACUCACUCACCUCGCUGUCUGCGGGCUCUGCGGGCAUCGAUGUCCCCGAGCUUGCGGAUCUCACCUAUGAGAGAUCUUUAGGGACUGCUAGGUUCAUGAAAAGUAUUCGUGCCCGACAUCGCGAUGGCCUGGCUUUCGUCAAAGUUAUCAUGAAACCCUACCCAAGUCUAAAGCUAGACCCAUAUGUCAGGGCCAUUAUGCGCGAACGGAGGCUGCUGGAGGGUGUCCCAAAUGCGCUUGGAUAUCAACGGAUCCUGGAAACCAGUACUGCAGGUUAUCUCGUUCGCCAAUACAUCUAUAGUUCUCUUUAUGAUCGAAUGAGCACUCGCCCGUUUUUGGAAGAUAUCGAGAAGAAAUGGAUGACGUUCCAGCUGAUCUGUGCACUACGAGAUUGCCAUGCGCAGAAUGUCUUUCACGGAGAUAUCAAAACCGAGAACGUUUUGGUAACAUCAUGGAACUGGCUCUAUUUAUCGGACUUUUCAUCAUCUUUUAAGCCAACCUUUCUUCCAGAGGACAAUCCCGCCGAUUUCUCCUUUUAUUUCGACACCUCUGGACGGAGAACUUGUUAUCUAGCACCGGAACGAUUUUUAGAAGCCGGAGAGGAUCCUGGCAGCCGCUCAGUAAACUGGGCGAUGGAUGUCUUUAGCGCUGGUUGCGUUAUCGCGGAACUUUUUCUGGAAUCUCCCAUUUUUACCCUUAGCCAGCUCUACAAAUAUCGAAAAGGAGAGUACAGCCCGCAAACAGGGCGGCUCAUGGAGAUCGAAGAUCCGGAUAUCAGAGAGUUGAUCCUUCAUAUGAUCCAACUCAACCCAGAGUCGCGAUAUUCGGCAGAAGAAUGCAUCAAUUUUUGGCGCCGCAAGGCAUUUCCGGAGUAUUUUUACGGAUUCCUCCAUCAGUAUAUGGGGUUGAUAACAGAACCAUCGCCAGGACGAGCACGCGACGAGUCCACGCCGCUAGACCUUAAAGAGGUAGACGAAAGAAUUAGUCGGGUUUUUGUUGAUUUUGACAAAAUAUCUUACUUUCUCGGAGCUUCUCCUCAGAUAUUAUCGGACGGGUCUGAGAUAACAUCUCCAGCACUCACACAACAACCAUUCCCAUUACAGUUGGAUUUGCCCAAAGUUGGGAAUCAACUCGCAAAGCCUCUCUCAGCAACAGAUGAUGGGACCCUCAUAUUCCUUACCCUCGUCGUCUCGAGUUUACGAAAUACAAGUAAAUCGUCUGCCCGAGUCAAGGCUUGCGAUAUACUACUUGCAUUUGCUGAGAAACUCCCAGAUGAGGCGAAGUUAGACAGAGUACUGCCGUUUAUUAUCUUGCUACUAAAUGAUCGUGCAGAUAACGUUAAAGUCUCCGCCGUUAGAACGCUAACCCAGCUUCUAGCCAUGGUGAAGGUUGUUUCACCCGUCAACGCCUACGUCAUUCCUGAAUACAUUUUCCCAAGGCUUCAACAUCUCAUUAAUGCAUCGUCUUCGAACCCUACGCCUAUGGUCCGGGCGGCCUAUGCUUCCUGCAUCGCCUCUCUGGCACAAUCUUCCCUCAAAAUUCUUGAUAUGGUUCAGGCAUUGCGAUCUGACGCCCGAUUAACGUCUCUAGUACCAUCGGGCUCUGAACGAGGCUGGGAAGAAGGAAUCUCAUACCAUAACCUCUACGAUGUUGCACGAGUAGACUUACUUGAAUUUUUUGAAGCCCAUGCAAAAGCACUCUUGACCGAUCCAGAUGUUGUGGUGCGCCGUGCGUUUCUUGGCUCAGUGCCAGGCCUCUGUGUUUUCUUUGGCAACCCAAAGGCAAACGAGGUUAUAUUAAGUCAUCUUAAUACCUACCUGAACGAUAAAGAUUGGAUCCUAAAAUGCGCCUUUUUCGAGACUGUUGUUGGCGUCGCUGCUUAUGUUGGCAGCACCUCCCUUGAAGAGUUCAUUCUCCCUCUAAUAGUCCAAUCCAUGACAGAUCCGGAAGAGUUUGUUGUCGAGCGAGUUCUACGAUCACUCGCUGAAAUGUCGAAGCUUGGCCUCUUCCAGCGUCCUACUACAUGGGAUCUACUCAAUAUUGCUGUGCGAUUUUUUAUACACCCUAGUAUAUGGAUACGAGAAGCAGCAGUUAAUUUUGUCGUGGAUGCAACCGCCUUUUUGUCCGCCACUGAUAAAUACUGUAUUGUCAGUCCCCUUGUCAGACCGUUCCUUAAGACGAAUACAACGGACAUAUCGGCUAUCCAGAUAUUUGACGCUCUUAAGAAACCAUUGCCCAAGAAUGUAUUCGACAUGCUGGUGGGAUGGGCAACUAGUGUAGAUAAAGGGAUAUUCUGGAAAUCGGCUCCUCGAGACGGAACCUUUUCGCUGGGCGGGUCAAAUAUUCCUAAGCUGCGACAUCGUGGAGGUACUUCACCUUUGAGCAACAUGCCACGAAACGAAGAGGAUGACCAGUGGUUAUCAAGGCUUAGGAAUAUUGGGCUGACGCAAGAGAACGAAUUCAAGUUCCUUGCACUCAGAGAAUAUAUUUGGAGGGUUGCAAUGAGGAAAAAGAAGGACGAGGAUAACGAUAAAAUAACACCACUUACGGAAAUCAUAUCCUUGAGUGAACAUGACAUCACUCCCCAGACAGUGCUUUUUGAUAAGAAGCAAGGCGUUAGUCGGCAGCGACCUGUCCCAAAAAAGCCCUUACCCGCUCAAGGAGAACGACGGCCACAUACGAUUGCCGACGCAUUGCUUGACGCCUCGACGGCUAUUGACUCAAGUAAUGAUGAUCGUCAAAGGCAAGCGAGACGGCCUAUGCAGGGAGAGCGCGAAUCUAGUAUGCCUCCAAGUUUACGCCCUACUGCGAUAAGGACCAAGCAAGCCCGGGAGUCACCGACUGCUUCGCCAAUUUCCUCAUCUCCCAAUGGCCAGGCAGGUUCACCUAAGUCGCCUGCCUCACCAUCAGAUACCCCCGGCCAAAAUGUGGUGGAGCCGAGUAAUGAUGGAAAUGGGCUCGUUCGAACAGGCACCCCUUCAUUACGCGUACCAAGUGGUGACAUAAAGCGCCGUUCAAGUGCCAUCAACCUCCUGAACCGCCAGGAAAAUUCUAAAGCGAAUGCUGCAACUGCUACAUCUGCCGCCAAUGCCUUUGGGAAAGUUGACGUUCCCCAUCAGAGAGAUCUUUCGCAGUUAUCUAGAACUACCACGCCUGAACCCCAAAACAACGGCACGCAGGCACUACGACCGCGAUAUAAAGCUAGCCAUACCUACCAGGGGAAUGAUCCAACGAUUUUAAGAAUAUUAGACAACAUAUUUGCCGAAAAUUAUCCCACUGACCUCUUUGAUUUUGGGCCAGUGAUACAUCCGCCAACUCAUCGCUCUCCGUUGCAUGGCCCAAGCGGACAGCCAUCUGAUAAGCCUUGGAGGCCACAAGGAGGACUCGUUGCAAUGUUCGGAGAGCAUACUGGCCCAGUCAAUCGGGUGGCAACCGCCCCGGAUCAUGCCUUUUUCGUCACAGCCUCUGACGACAGUACUUUGAAGGUCUGGGAUACAGCUCGUUUAGAAAGGAACUUGACCCCACGGUCUCGACAAACCCAUCGACACGCUCCAGGGGCCAAAGUAAAGUGUGUGACAUUUGUUGAAAAUACAUAUACAUUUAUUAGUGCAGCUACCGAUGGUAGUGUCCAUGCAGUAAGGGUUGACUACCAGAAUCACCGCGAUGUUAUCCGCUAUGGGAAACCUCAGCUUGUUCGAGAGUACCAUAUUUCACCGCCUGAAGGUGGAAGCGGCGAACAUGCUGUCUGGAUAGAACACUUCCGGACAGAUGUACACUCAAUCUUACUCAUGGCUACUAAUAGAUCCCGGAUAAUCGCAUUGGACCUUAAGUCAAUGACUGAGGUUUACACUCUCCAAAACCCCAUCCGCCAUGGUACUUUGACAACUUUCUGUCUUGAUAGAAAGCACAAUUGGCUGCUUGUGGGAACAACACAUGGAAUAUUAGACUUAUGGGAUCUCCGGUUCUGUGUCCGUGUGAAAGCUUGGGGGUUGCCAGGAGGAACUCCAAUUCGCCGUCUCGCCAUCCAUCCCACUAAAGGCCGGGGGAGAUGGGUAUGCGUCGUUGGUGGUGGAAAUAACGGCUCAGAAAUUCUAGUCUGGGAUAUUGACAAAGUGCAAUGCAGAGAGGUUUAUCGGACAACCAGUGCCACUGUGAACCAGAUGGCACUUCCCGCUGGGCAAAAAGGAAAUCUCAAUCCAGACACAAGUUGGAAAGUAUAUGAGCCGUGGAAAGUUGAUGAUGACCUACCUGAAGGUAUGCUGGGUCGCUUUGCAACAAACACCCACCCUGCUUCCGCUGCUCUAGAGCCGACUGCGGCUGGUGGGAAUUCCGUCAGCGGCGAUCGAAACUCCAUCUUUGCGCUUGCUGUAGGCAUUGACUACCUAGAAGGCACGGCAGAAGGAUCCAAAUGCGGAUUCCUUGUAACCGCUGGUUUGGAUCGCAAUGUACGCUUUUGGGAUGUCGUACACCCUGAUGCAUCGCUUGUUCUCUGGCUCGUCACCCGCUAG